AUGACAUUUUACUUGCUCAUCAGCGUCGCCGCGUUCGCCCCAGCUCCCGCAGUUCCCAGGCUCAGCUUCCGCCCGGUUCGAACGCGCACGGCGCCGCCGGUCGCCGCUGACGCCGACGCAGAGGCGAAGAUUCUAAAGCUCGAGGCGGAGCUGAAGCGGCUGAAGGCCGAGGCUGUGGAGGCGGAGCUCAAGGCGCUGAAGGCUGAGGCUGGCAUGCCGGCAGCAACCACGCCAGCAGCGACGCCGAUUCGAGAGGUGGUGCGGGAGGCGAUGGCGGCGGCCGAGGAGCGGGCUGCUGCAGCGCCGCCACCUCCGCCGCCAUCUCCACCGCCGAGUGAGGCUCCUCUCUUGCCGUCGCCCGAGGAGCUUGGCGUGGACGGACAGCUGUGUGCUCUCGUCUUUUACGCCGAGGACGGCAAUAACCCCAAGCUCGAGGAGCUCCUCGACGCCUUUGAGGAUGAGGCGGCCGAGCUGGCGGCGUGUGGCUGCGCGCUGGUCGGCGUGCGCAAGGCGGAGGAGACUGAGAAGGCGUGCGGCAAGGAGGCCGAGUACAAGGAGCGCUUCCCGUCCUUCAACUUUGUGGGCGGGCUGGAGAAGCUGGUCGAGCAACGGGUCGCCCUCGGCCUGCCGCGUGAGUGGGGCGUCCUCGAGGAGCGCGAGCUCUACUACGACCCGGUGGUCGUGCUGCUCACAGCGGAGGGGCGCAUGCAGUACACCGUCUCGCACGCGGGCCUGCGCGCGCCCUACAUGGUUGGCAACCUGAUGCGUGAGCUGCACGGCCUCGUGCCGACCGGCGCGCAGCUCAGCCGGGCGGAGGAGGAGGCGGUGCGAGUGGCCGCCUACGACGAGAACGCCGCGUGGGCAAAGGCGCGAGGACUGAUCAGUGCAACUAGCAUGCCUGAGCAUGGGAUCGACCUCGCGCAAGCCACGACCAGCUCGCGGCCGCUGCUUGCUGGCGUGGAUGCCGCUGCGCUGCCAGAGGCGAUCGACGAGGCGACGUCUCUGAGCGUGGCCGAGCCUUGCUCCGUGUUGACACAGGCGCCUCUCUACUCCAAGGACGGCGUCAAGGCGCCCGCCUGGUUCGCGCGCGCCAAGCGGCUCUCCGAGGCUGGACUCAACCCCAAAGACUCGGGCGGCGCCAAGCAGGCCGAGGAGCGGGAGCGGUGGAACGGCACGGCGCCGUCCGCGACGCCCGGCCCGUUCCCUCUCGGGCCGAAGGGGCAGCGGCUGGCGCGCGAUGCGGCAGGCGGGGCAGAGCGGUGCGAGCGCGUCUCGGAAGCGCUUGCCGAGGCGAGCGCGCGCCAGCGCAAGCUGCUCGGCGGCUUGCUGCAGACGCUCGAUGACGAGCUCGGCGCGAUGUAG